AGACGGCAGAGCGGGAGGGUGGCGGCGGUGGGAGAAAGAGCGGGCGUGCGCACCGUACUGCAGGCGGUGCGGCGGGAGCGCGGCCGGGCGAGGGCGGCCGGCAGAGCGGGAGCGCGAGAGCCGGCCCGGAGCAGCCCCGGCGUGGGCGCGAGCGCGAGCGCGAGCGGCUGCACCGUUUCCGAGCCCAGCACCUCUUAGGACCCUCCGCCGCGCGCGCGGGGCCGAGCCUGCCCAUGAAGCCGCCAGCAGCGCAGAGCAGUCCCGCGGCGGCCGCGGCCGCAGCCCCGGCCUUGGACUCGGCGGCCGCCGGGGACCUGACGGAUGCGCUGUGCGAGUUUGACGCGGUGCUGGCCGACUUCGCGUCGCCCUUCCACGAGCGCCACUUCCACUACGAGGAGCACCUGGAGCGCAUGAAGCGGCGGAGCAGCGCCAGCGUGAGCGACAGCAGCGGCUUCAGCGACUCCGACAGUGCAGAUUCGCUCUAUAGGAACAGCUUCAGCUUCAGUGAUGAAAAACUGAAUUCUCCAACAGAUGCUGCUCCAGCUCUUCUCUCCCCCACCGUCCCUCCUCGGAAAGCUAAACUAGGAGACACGAAAGAGCUAGAAGACUUUAUUGCUGAUCUUGACAGAACAUUAGCGAGUAUGUGAAACAAGGAGAAGUUCUGGGUCCUUUCAUCCUAAGGGAGAAGCUUCAGAAAGCUCCGAGGACCCUGGUAAAAUCAGCUUACGGAAUUUGCUGCCAGAGCAGACAGAGAUGAGAACUCACCUACCAGCAGGCCAUUCUCAGACUCGUUCUGAAACCAGCCUUUGAUCAUCUCUGGGCAAUUUAGAGAGUGAAACUGACUUUGUUGACCAGCUUGCAGCAUAUUAGAACAGAUGACCCAUGCUAAUAUUGUAUUUUCUCUCAAAACAUAGCUUUCCUGUAAUUUAAAGUGCAUUUAUGGAAAUAUUUGUAAUUAAUUAUAUAUAGUUGGAAACAGUAAUAGGCUUUUCCCAGUAUAAUAUAUUUUUGUAUGCAAAUAAAAUUUGAACUGGA